CUCUCUCAUUAGUUAUUUAUUAAUAUUAAUGCACAUAAUUGUUGGCUCGUUGCUACUUUCUAUAAAAACCAACAGCACGCAAGUCCAAAGCCCAUCACAAUAAGCCCAGCUUCUGCCGGUUCAAGCCCCCCCACUACCAAAUCCACCGCCUUCUUCUCUCACUCACUCACUCAAAAGGAAGCAAAACAUUAAAAAAAAUUGAACUUUGGAGUUUGAACUCAGAUUUUUCUUCUAUCAUCAUCAUCGCCAUUAUUUUUCUUGGUUUCUGGGUUCUUAUCUCCUAUCUCUGUUUACUAUUAUGGAUCGUCAGAUGAGCACUUGGCUCGGGUUCUCUCUCUCCUCAGCUCCUGCUCUCUCUAACCAAAACCAAGACGAGACCUUUAGCAAUCAUCAAAGCAGCAACAACAAUGAAAACUCUAGCAAUCCUCCUCUUACUGUUAUGCCUCUGAAUUCUGAUGGCUCAAUUUGCUUCUUGGAUCCCAACUUCAGGCCUCACAACCAUCACGUUGAUGCUGAUACUUCAGAUUGGAGGUAUGGAGGUAGCAAUGAGGAGACCAGAGGACCAAAGCUUGAGGAUUUCUUGGGUGGGUACUCUGAUAACACAAAUGAAGAUAACCAAAUUCAAAGCCCACGCCCUUUAUCACCCAUCAACGAGUUCUAUUACCAAAACCCUAACCCUACUGAGAUCAAUGUCAAUAUCCCUCCUUGCUUUAGCCCAUCAGAGGGUAGGGACCCACAAGAUAGCAACAUCCACAACCCAUACCACUUCCUUAACUCCUAUCAAUACCCUCAACUCCAAAUGCCUAACCACAAUCAUAACCCUAUAGAUAGUUGUCAAACAUCAUUAUCGGGUCUGAAAUCUUGGCUCCGUCAAAACCCGUACCCGUCUGCACCCGAUAAGCCUAGUCAUGAGUCCAAUGUGCAGGCAUUGACCUUAUCAAUGAGCCCUGGCUUGAUUGCUGAAUCUAGCCAAAUUUUGGUGGCUGAGCCGCUACAGGUGGCUGUUGAUAACAGGAAAAGGCCGGCAGCUAAGGCAGGAAAUAGAGAUUCCGGCCCUCGGAAGUCCAUUGAGACAUUUGGACAGAGAACUUCUCAGUACAGGGGAGUUACUAGGCAUAGGUGGACUGGGAGGUAUGAAGCUCAUUUAUGGGAUAAUAGCUGUAGAAAGGAAGGUCAGACUAGAAAGGGCAGACAAGUGUAUUUAGGGGGUUAUGAUAAGGAGGAUAAGGCAGCAAGAGCAUAUGAUUUAGCUGCACUUAAGUAUUGGGGUCCAACAACUCACAUCAACUUCCCUUUGAGUACAUAUGAGAAAGAGCUGGAGGAGAUGAAGAACAUGACAAGACAAGAAUUUGUUGCACAUUUGAGGAGGAAAAGCAGUGGAUUUUCUAGAGGAGCAUCUAUGUACAGAGGGGUCACAAGGCACCAUCAGCAUGGGAGAUGGCAAGCUAGAAUAGGGAGGGUGGCAGGGAACAAGGACUUGUAUCUUGGAACAUUCAGCACUCAGGAGGAAGCUGCAGAGGCCUACGACAUCGCCGCCAUAAAAUUCCGCGGAGUAAAUGCGGUAACGAACUUCGACAUCAGCAGAUACGACGUAAAGCGUAUCUGCUCAAGCUCCCACCUCAUUGCCGGAGAUCUUGCCAAGCGCAACUCUCCCAAGUCCACUGACUCCUCCGAGCCGAAGUCACUCGAGCUGCCUAGCUCAAACUCAGCUGGCACGCCCGAAGACUUGACCAAUAUGGCGUGGGACCCAUCUCGGGCUGAGCCGGGCUCAAACGGAACGGACCAAGCCAGUCAUGGGGUUUCUUUGGAGGGCAAGAGUACUGAAUGCGGUGAGUAUAUGGCUCAGGGGUAUUUAUUUCCGAAGACGCUGGGGCCCAUGUUUGCUUUGUGGAAUGAAUGAGAGGAGUUCGGGUUUACACGAGGAUGGAUUUUGGCUUAAGAUUGAGGGAUUGGAGAUUUUGGGGUACGGUGCUCUAUAUCCUUUUGGUUGUUUCUUGCGCCAUGUGUAUUUAGUUAUCUUGGAGAAGAUAAAACAAUUUUUGCAACAUGUUAUUGAGAUACCAAAAUGUGUAUUUGAUUUCAACUAUUUUACAAGGGUGAUCGUUAUGAUGCUAUAGAAGGACAUUUAUUUUAGCUCCU